UUAGCUGCAGUAUUCGCCACUAACAAAGAUGGUCGGCGCGUUUCCCUCUCUCUUCAAUGGUCAUUCAUCGUUGUGGUUGACGUGCCUACCACUAACAAAGAUGGCGGCACCUUUCAAGCGACACAAUUCCCCGGUACUCCUGAAGAGGGAAAGUUAAUAAUUUAGAAAUUCUUUUCUGCCUGCAAAUAAACCAAGAAAUUAGCUUUUUAGAAAUAUUAGAAAUACCUAGAUAGAGGAAAUUAAAUUGUUGACCGUAAGAAAUUUAAGUUUAACGGUCAUUCGACGUCAUCGAGGCGUCCAACGUCACUGGUGUGCGCUGUUGUUGUCAUUUUAUCCUUUUUUGGUAAAACGCGGGAGAAAGAAGAUCCUUUGGAUUACUGGAUUAAAUCAGUGAAUUGCUGGAAGGAAGAGGGAGCCAUGACUCUGUUCCCAUCCGCCCUCAGUGAGGAGGAAGAGGCUCUGCAGAAGAAAUAUGCUAAACUCAAAAAAAAGAAAAAGGCACUGAUGGCCUUGAAGAAGCAGAGCUCAGCAGCACAGACCAACCAGGGCGGCAUUAAACGAUCUCUUUCUGAUCAGCCCAUCAUUGACACCGCAACAGCGACAGAGCAGGCAAAGAUGCUGGUGAAAUCCGGAGCUAUCAGCGCCAUCAAAGCAGAAAACAAAAAUUCAGGCUUCAAACGCUCCCGAACGUUGGAAGGAAAACUGAAGGAUCCUGAAAAGGGACCAAUCCCAUCAUUCCAGCCUUUCCAACGGAGUGUCUCUGCCGACGAUGACAACUUAGAGGUCUCCAAGCGUCCACAGAGGAAGCCCCUUUAUGAAAGCUUUGUGAGCUCCAGUGACCGUGCACGGGAUGGUGAGAAAGAUCGGGAGGAGGAACGUGAAUCAGGCAAGGAGCUGGAUCGCGAGAGCUACAGAGACAUCGAGCGGGACCUGGACCGCGGAAGAGACCGUGACAAGGGUCGAGAUCGGGAUCGCGACAGGGAGCGUGAUCGAGACCGGGAGCGUGAUCGGGAUCGUGACAGAGAUCGGGAUCGAGACAGGGACAGGGAUCGAGACCGUGGCAGAGACAGGGACCGGGACAGAGACAGGGACCGGGACAGGGACCGGGACAGGGACCGGGACCGGGACAGGGACCGGGACCGGGACAGGGACCGGGACAGGGACAGGGACCGGGAUCGGGAUCGGGACCGGGAUGGCCCCUACAGAAGGUUUGACUCUUUCCGUGCCCCUCGGAAAGGAAACACCAUCUAUGUGCACGGCCUGGGGAUGACGGAGGAGAUGCUGAGGACCUCUUUCUCUCAUUUCGGGACUAUUGUCAACCUGACCAUGGACAACCCCAGGAACUGUGCGUUUGUAACCUUUGAGACAAUGGAGUCCGCAGAUCAGGCAAUUGCAGAGUUAAAUGGCAGCAUGGUUGGUGAUGUUUACUUGAAGGUGAUGAUUGCUCGUAAACAGCUCAUGCUGGAAACUGCCACAGGGAAGUCAGUGUGGGGAAGCCUAGCGGUCCAGAACAGUGCCAAGGGAUCACAUCGUGACAAACGUAGCCAGGUGGUGUACAAUGAAGAUUUCCUGGAAUUAUCUGGGAGACCAAGCCUGAGGGAAGAAACAAAGAAGAGCAAAUGACUCCAAAGAAUGCAAAGCCAUCCCUCUUGGGAGGAGGUGGCUCACUGUUUUUUUGUACGUGCCCCCAACUCCCCACCAUGUCCCUACUCCCACUCUUUAGCCUCACUGAUGUGUAAAAUAAAUUUUAAGAGAAUAGCAUUUGCUUAGAGUCGACUUUUCCAAGUCCAGUUGCCACAUUUCCAUCAUGUUCUGGAAGCUCCUAUCCUCAAUCUUGACCAGUGAGAACUGGAGGGAGGUUCCUGGUUUUAAAUACCUGACCACCUCUGCUCUGCCGAACCAGUGGCUCCAAUAUCACCCGGUACGCUCCAGCCACAACAAGAAUAAGAAUUGUACAAGCACCAACGUCCUCUGUGCUUGCUCAAGUCUCUCCCUGUCCUUCCACCUUGGCCAUUGAAGCUGUGGGCCCCAGUAUGUGGGAAGAAGCUCUCCAUGCCAUUACCCUGAAUAGCCUGGAUCUAAUUUUAAGAUUCUUUCCCCCUUAUUUGGUCUCCCUCUGCCAGAGGAAAUAGUUUCUCUCUAUCCACCCAAAUCAAAUCUUUUAGUUAUCUGAAGCACCUCAAUUAGAUAACCUCUUUACAGAAAGGUAUACAGCUCAGAAACAGGCCAUUUGACCCAUUUAUGCUCCUUGUCCCAGCCCUCUUCAUCUCACCCCAUCAGCAUAUCCUUCUACUCUUUUCUCCCUUAUGUGAUUAUCCAGCUUUCCCGAAACCCAUCUGUACCAUGCACCUCAACCAUUCCCUGUGGGAGUGAGUUCCACAUUCUCACUGCUCUCUGGGUAAAGAAGUUUCUCCUGAAUUCCCUAUUGCAUUUAUUAGUGUCGAUGUUUGCUUUGUACUUCUGGCCUCCCCACAAAUGGAAUCAUCUUUCCUACAUCUACCCUAUUUAAAUCCUUUUGUGAUCUUAAAGACCUUUAUAAAUUCACCCAUCAGUCUCCCUCUCUUUUCCAGAGGAAAGACCCCCCAGGCUGUUAAGCUUUACUGUGGGUAUAACUUCCCAACCUUGGUGUCAUCCUUGUGAAUUAUUUAAUGCCUCCCUAUCCUUUAAGCCUAAGUCUUAUGGAAUCUGUCCUCAUAAAUUAACCCUUUUAGUAUAUCCCUCCUGUAAAUGUUCCAGCAUUGGCAUGAUUUGUGCCAGGAGCGUGGGGAGCUGGCAGCAUUAUUGCUCUUGAGUGCCUCAAAAUGUAACUGCCCAAUAAAUGCAGCAACGACCUUACCAGAGAGGGGAGAUAAGGGUAAACUUAGGUUCUAUAGGAUCCCUUGCAUCAUUGGACCAAUAUCCAAUUAUCACUACAAAAAUGCACAUGCAGGGCUUUUAAAGCUCGAUUCUACAGCUCCUAUGGCCUGCCAUUGUUUCAAGAGCCCUUGCAGCUUUGUGUAUGGAACCUGUUUCAUCACUGCAUUGGAGCACUAGAUUGAGAGGGUUUGUAAAGAGUGCUUUCUUAGUGACGAGAGGGGGGACAGGAGAUAGAGAGACUGCUCCAGGGUGCCCAGCUGUCAAUCCAAUAUUCCACCCUCAGCACACAUGAGCCCUGCCCUUGUCACUUCCGCUAUUUCACUGCAAUGUUGUCUGGGUUGAUAGGGGGGAUUUUAUUUCUCAAAGGGUGGGAUGGGCAGAUGGAACUCUGAGGGGUGUCCAGACUAAAUCUUUGUGUUUCACCCCUCCAUUCCCUGUAACGUUUUCUCCCCCUACCACAAACCAAAGAAGGCAGGCGCUACAUCAGGUGCCCACUGCUGUUGCAAUCUCAAGAAAUAUGGAAGAAGUAAUGGGAGCCAUUCAAGUGUCAUGAAGCGAAGUAACCAUAUGCAAAUCUGGAACCCUGCUUGGGAUGCUUUCACCCCAGAAUGUCUGACUGUAAAUAAUGCAUUAUUUGUUUUUAUUAAAUUAACCAUUAAACUGUU